AUGCCACUUAUAACGUUUUCAGGUUACCCUUCGUCUGGAAAGACUACCUGGGCUAAGAAAUUACAAGCUGCAUUAGAGAAAAGAAUAGCGGAAGCUCAAGAGAAAGAUGAGAUUGGUAAAAACUAUAAAGUGAUAUAUCAUUCUGAUGAAACUCUCGGAAUAUCACCAGAAACCUAUAAAGAUUCUAAUUUAGAGAAACAAGGGAGAGGGAAUCAAUUAUCUGCUGUUAAGAGAGAUCUUUCUCGUUCAAAUUUUGUGAUUUUGGAUUCGUUGGCUUAUAUUAAAGGAUUCAGAUAUCAAUUAUUCUGUGAAGCUAAAGGUGUGGUUACACCUCAUUGUGUGGUUCAUGUGAUGAAUCCAAUAGAGAAAUGUAUAGAAUGGAAUAAACGUUGGGAUGAGGAAUUAAUAAAUCAAUUAUGCAUGAGAUAUGAAGAACCAAAUGGAGAUAGUCGUUGGGAUUCACCUUUAUUUACGAUUAUUGCUGAUUCAGAAGAAGAAACGUUACCCAUAGAAGAAAUUUGGGAUGCAUUGGUGUUAAAGAGACCACCACCACCUAAUGCUGCUACAUUAAUAAAGUCCACCUCAGGGAACGAUUUCCUUCAAGAAUUGGAUAAACAAACUCAAGAAGUUCUUUCCAAAAUCCUUCAACAUCAACAAUUAUCAUCGAUUGGAGGACGUGCUAUUAUAGAUAAGAAUCAAGGAUUAUAUGUUGACAUGCCUGCCAUAUCGGUUUCGACAGCUCAAUUACAGAGAAUGAGAAGAACUUACAUUAGUUUAAAUAGAAUGAGAUCAGUUGAUAUUCCUCGAAUUACACCAUUAUUCGUCGAAUAUAUUAAUAAGAAUCUUGAAGAUAUAUAG